GAGAGGGUAAGCAUGCUGGUGAUCCUGCUCAACUGCGUGACACUGGGCAUGUUCCACCCCUGCGAGGACAUCGCCUGCGACUCACCGCGCUGCAGGAUCCUCCAGAGCUUCGACGAUUUCAUCUUUGCCUUCUUUGCUGUGGAAAUGAUCGUCAAGAUGAUUGCACUGGGGAUUUUUGGGAAGAAAUGCUACUUGGGAGACACGUGGAACCGCCUGGACUUCUUCAUUGUCAUCGCAGGGAUGCUGGAGUACUCACUGGACCUGCAGAAUGUCAGCUUCUCAGCGGUCCGCACCGUCCGCGUCCUGCGGCCACUCAGGGCCAUUAACAGGGUCCCCAGUAUGCGCAUCCUGGUGACACUUCUUUUGGACACGCUGCCCAUGCUGGGGAAUGUCCUCCUCCUCUGCUUCUUCGUCUUCUUCAUCUUCGGCAUCGUGGGAGUCCAGCUGUGGGCAGGUUUGCUCAGGAACCGCUGCUUCCUCCCUGAGAACUUCAGCAUCCCCUACACGGUGGAUUUGGAGCGAUACUACCAGACAGAGAACGAAGACGAGAACCCCUUCAUCUGCUCCCAGCCCCGGGAGAACGGGAUGCGCUACUGCCGGAGUAUUCCAACGCGGAGGGAAGAAGGCCUUGAGUGCACCCUGGAUUAUUAUUCCUACAACGACACCACCAACACGUCCUGUGUCAACUGGAACCAGUAUUACACAAACUGCUCCGCCGGGGAGCACAACCCUUUCAAGGGAGCCAUCAACUUCGAUAACAUUGGCUACGCCUGGAUCGCGAUAUUUCAGGUCAUCACACUGGAAGGCUGGGUGGACAUCAUGUACUUUGUCAUGGACGCACACUCCUUCUACAACUUCAUCUACUUCAUCCUCCUAAUCAUUGUGGGCUCCUUCUUCAUGAUCAACCUCUGCCUGGUGGUGAUAGCAACGCAGUUCUCUGAGACGAAGCAGCGCGAGAGCCAGCUGAUGAAGGAGCAGCGCGUGCGCUACCUGUCCAACGCCAGCACCCUCGCCAGCUUUUCGGAGCCAGGCAGCUGCUAUGACGAACUCCUCAAGUACCUGGUUUACAUUGCCCGUAAAGGCAGCAAGCAGCUCGUGGAGGUCUACCGGGUGGCAGGCGUGAGGAUGGGCUUCCUCACCAGCCCCACGAGCAAAGCCGGGGCCGACCGGCAUGCCAGGAAGCGCCGGAGCAGGAAGAGGUCCUCUGUGCACCACCUCAUCCACCACCAUCACCACCACCACCACCACUAUCACCUGGGCAAUGGGAACCUGCGGGCGCCCCGCGCCAGCCCGGAGAUCAGCGAUGUGGAGACCAGCUCGCUCCACAACGGGACCAACCGGCUGAUGCUUCCCCCCUCGGCACCGAACCCCCAUGGGGCCCCCAGCGCCGCUCCCAGCAACACCGAGUCCGUCCACAGCAUCUACCACGCUGACUUGCACUUUGAGCCUGUGCGCUGCCAGUCAUCCCUCCCGCAGCCGGGCCUCGGCUUGCCGAGCCCGGAGGGGAUCCCCAAGAACAUCGUGGGCAGCAAGGUGUACCCCACGGUGCACCCCAGUACCUCCCACGAGAUGCUGAAAGAGAAGAGCCUGGGGGAGGCGGCGGUCGGUGCCGGGAGCAGCACCUUGACAAGCCUCAACAUCCCGCCUGGGCCGUACAGCACCAUGCACAAGCUGCUGGAGACGCAGAGCACGGGGUUCUUUUCAGUCCACGUCACGGAGAAAGGCGAUGGCUUUCCAGGUCCCUGCCAAAGCUCCUGCAAGAUCUCCAGCCCCUGCACCAAGCUGGACAGCGGCUCCUGCAACCCUGAGAGCUGCCCUUACUGCCUCAAGGCGCUGGCGAGCGAAGCCGAGCUGACGGACAACGAGACGGCCGACUCGGACAGCGAGGGGGUCUAUGAGUUCACACAGGAUGCCCACUACAGCGACCAGCGGGACCCGCAGCGGGGCAGAGUCCGGACCAGGAGAGUGAGACGGGUGCUGGCGUUCUGGCACGUGGUGUGCGAGACCUUCCGGAAGAUCGUGGACAGCAAAUAUUUUGGCCGUGGGAUCAUGGUGGCCAUUCUCAUCAACACGCUCAGCAUGGGGAUUGAGUACCACGAGCAGCCGGAGGAGCUUACCAACGCCCUGGAGAUCAGCAACAUAGUCUUCACAAGCCUCUUUGCCCUGGAGAUGCUGUUGAAAGUCCUCGUUUAUGGUCCUUUUGGCUACAUUAAGAAUCCAUACAACAUCUUUGAUGGGAUCAUCGUGGUGAUUAGUGUGUGGGAGAUAGUGGGCCAGCAAGGUGGGGGGCUCUCGGUCCUGCGGACCUUUCGGCUCAUGCGAGUUUUGAAGCUGGUCCGCUUCAUGCCAGCCCUCCAGCGCCAGCUCGUGGUCCUCAUGAAGACCAUGGACAACGUGGCUACGUUCUGCAUGUUGCUGAUGCUCUUCAUCUUCAUCUUCAGCAUCCUGGGGAUGCACCUCUUUGGCUGCAAGUUUGCUUCGGAGCGAGACGGCGACACGCUGCCCGACAGGAAGAACUUUGACUCCUUGCUCUGGGCCAUCGUCACUGUUUUCCAGAUUUUGACCCAGGAAGACUGGAACAAGGUCCUCUACAAUGGCAUGGCAUCGACCUCCUCCUGGGCUGCUCUUUACUUCAUCGCUCUCAUGACGUUUGGGAAUUACGUUCUGUUUAACCUGCUGGUGGCCAUCCUGGUAGAGGGUUUCCAGACAGAGAAAGGCAAACUGGGAGUUCAAGAACAGGGUGAUGCUUCCAAGUCUGAUUCCGAGGGGGAUCUCUUCCCCCGCAGCCUGGAAGAGGAGGGAGGACUUAAGAAAAACUUGUCAAAUCCAGCCUUGAUGGCCCUGAGCGACCACCUGGAGCUGAAGAAGAGCCUGACCCCACCGCUCAUCAUACACACCGCUGCCACGCCGAUGCCCAUGCCCAAGAGCGCCAUGUUCGGAGACGCAGCGCAGGGCUACGAGUCCCGCCGGGCCAGCGGAGUCGCCAUGGACCCCGCCGCCUACGAGCUCAAGUCCCCGGUACUCGCAUCAUCCUCCUGCCGACGCUCAGCGGGUGUCUGUUGGGCUUGCGGGGCUGUCCGUCCGUCCAUCCACCCCAGCUGGCGCAGCAGCAGCAGGGCCCCCAGCCUCAAGCGUCGUGGUCAGAGCGGCGAGCGCAGAUCCCUCCUCUCGGGAGAGGGGAAGGAGAGCUCAGAGGAAGGGGAGAGCUCGGAUGAGGAGCGCUCCAGCCGGGCCGGCAGCUUCAACGGCUCUUUGCCUCAUCGCAUGGAGUCGCUGGAAACAAAAGGCUCCUUCGACCUCCAGGAUACCCUGCAGGUGCCUUCCCUGUACCGGACUAGCAGCAUGCACAGCAGCCGGACCUCUGCCUCCGAGCACCAGGACUGCAACGGGAAGACCUCUCCGGGCCUGCUGCUGCACCAGCUCCACCUGGAUGACGCCCAACAGGACUGCGAUGACUGCGAUGAUGAAGGCAACAUGAGCAAAAGGGACCGCAUGAAGGCUUGGGUACAGGCACGUCUCCCCACCUGCUGCAAAGAAAGAGACUCCUGGUCCAUCUACGUCUUCGCCCCUCACUCAAGAUUCCGUCUGAUGUGCAAUAAAAUCAUCACGCACAAGAUGUUUGAUCAUAUCGUCUUGGUGAUCAUUUUCCUGAACUGCAUUACUAUUGCCAUGGAGCGACCCAAAAUCGAGCCUCACAGUGCUGAACGGAUUUUCCUAACGUUCUCCAACUACAUCUUUACAGUUAUCUUCCUGACUGAGAUGACAGUUAAGGUGGUGGCACUAGGCUUGUGUUUUGGGGAGAAAGCCUACUUGAAAAGCAGCUGGAACGUGCUGGAUGGAGUGCUGGUUCUCAUCUCCAUCAUUGACAUCCUGGUCUCGAUGGUGUCAGACAGCGGCACGAAAAUCCUGGGGAUGCUACGCGUUUUGAGACUGCUGAGGACACUGCGGCCCUUAAGAGUCAUUAGUCGAGCCCAAGGACUGAAGCUGGUGGUGGAGACUCUCAUGUCAUCCCUGAAGCCCAUUGGGAACAUCGUGGUCAUCUGCUGUGCCUUUUUCAUAAUCUUUGGGAUCCUGGGAGUUCAGCUUUUCAAAGGCAAGUUUUUUGUCUGCCAGGGGGAGGACACCAGAAACAUCACAAAUAAAUCGGAUUGUACAGAAGCAAGCUACAAAUGGGUCCGGCACAAGUAUAAUUUUGAUAAUCUCGGCCAGGCCCUGAUGUCUCUCUUUGUUCUGGCCUCCAAGGACGGGUGGGUGGAUAUCAUGUACGAUGGGUUAGAUGCUGUGGGAGUUGACCAGCAGCCAGUCAUGAACUACAACCCGUGGAUGCUCCUCUACUUCAUCUCCUUCUUGCUGAUCGUGGCCUUCUUCGUCCUCAACAUGUUUGUGGGGGUGGUGGUGGAGAAUUUCCACAAGUGUCGGCAGCACCAGGAGGAGGAAGAAGCCAAGAGGCGGGAGGAGAAGAGGCUUCGCCGGCUGGAGAAAAAGAGAAGGAGUAAGGAGAAACAGAUGGCUGAUCUAAUGCUGGAUGAUGUAUUAAUGGAGAGCUCAGCCAGUGCAGUGCAAGAAGCACAGUGUAAGCCCUACUAUUCGGAUUACUCCCGCUUCCGCCUCCUGAUCCACCAGAUGUGCACCAGCCACUACCUGGAUUUGUUCAUCACCGGCGUGAUCGGCCUCAACGUGAUCACCAUGGCCAUGGAGCACUACCAGCAGCCAAAGGUUCUUGAUGAAGCCCUGAAGAUUUGCAAUUACAUCUUCACCGUUAUCUUUGUCCUGGAGUCUGUUUUCAAGCUUAUCGCCUUUGGGUUUCGUCGCUUCUUCCAAGACAGAUGGAACCAAUUAGAUCUGGCAAUCGUGCUGCUGUCUAUCAUGGGCAUCACUUUGGAAGAGAUCGAGGUGAACGCUUCGCUACCAAUUAACCCCACCAUUAUCCGAAUCAUGAGGGUUCUCAGGAUUGCUCGAGUGUUGAAGUUGCUGAAGAUGGCUGUAGGGAUGAGAGCCCUGUUGGACACCGUGAUGCAAGCGCUGCCGCAGGUGGGGAAUCUGGGUCUUCUCUUCAUGUUGUUGUUUUUCAUAUUUGCAGCUCUUGGAGUGGAGCUGUUUGGAGACCUUGAGUGCGACGACACACACCCCUGUGAGGGGCUGGGACGGCACGCCACCUUCAGAAACUUUGGGAUGGCCUUUCUGACUCUCUUCCGAGUAUCCACGGGAGACAACUGGAAUGGGAUAAUGAAGGACACGCUGCGAGACUGUGACCAGGAGUCCACCUGUUACAACACCGUCAUUUCACCCAUCUACUUCGUCUCCUUCGUGCUGACGGCCCAGUUUGUCCUGGUGAACGUGGUGAUCGCCGUGCUCAUGAAGCACUUGGAGGAGAGCAACAAGGAGGCUAAGGAGGAGGCAGAGCUCGAAGCAGAACUGGAGAUGGAAAUGAAGACAAUCACCCCCGGGCAACACAGCCCCUCAGACAUCUUUGCAUGGACAGGCAGCGCCAGUGGAGAGAGACCCGAGAGCCCCCGAGGAUGUACCAAUCCCAUGCAAAUCAAGGUGGAUUCUCCGCUCUCAUUAGUUUACCCUAUGGAAAGGCACUUGUUUGAUACCAUAUCACUGCUGAUCCAGGAAUCUCUGGAAGGAGAGCUGAAGCUGAUGGACAACCUGUCAGGCUCUGUGUGCCAUCAUUAUGCCCUCCCAGCUCCCGAAUAUUACAACUCUGAGAACCAGGCUGAUCUCCGCUCCAAAGACGACACACUGACCCUGUCUCCCAGCAAGGACUUGCUGAGCGUGAGAAAGCCUUCGGUGGGGCGCACCCACUCUUUGCCAAAUGCCAGCUACAUGUUCCAGCCGCCGUACUCCAGCCCCUGCCCUGCCUCCCUGGGCGAGAGGAAUCCGGCACAUCACAAGUCCCAGUCAGGUUCAAAGGCAUCGGUGCAGUCACAGCCGGCGGACACCAGCUCUCUCCUGCAAAUUCCAAAAGACCAUUUUCACCACGUAAGAGCUCAUGACCAUUUGGUGAGGGACAGCAAACCCCAGGUUUCCCAGCAGGUGCACUCUCCUUCUGCUGAAAGGCUGCUCCGCAGACAGAUGGCUAUAAGGAACGACUCUUUGGAUAGCAAGGAGAAUCUCCACACCGAGGUGAGUGAACUCUCUGACCCAAAUGUCCCCGCUGUGCCCAAGGAGGAGACUUCAGUGGCUCUGACGCCCUCAGAAGCGCAAGAGUUGGCUGCAUGGAGCCGGGCAAGCGUUCGUACGCAGCAGCUUUCCCACAAUCAGUAUAAUAUUUCAAAGCAGGCACCAGCAUCAUGUGCUUGUGCAGACUCCUAUCAGGAGACACCUGGAGAUUCAGUGGACCAAGAAGUAUCUGAAAUAAACAGCUCCUCGGAGCCUUUCACUUCAGAAACUUGUACAGCCUCGAGUGCCUGUUCAGAGGUUCAGCCUCUCACUCCUAAGAGGAACAUAGGCAAUACUGGCAACGUUACAUUGAAGGACCUGAAGAAAUACCACAGUGUAGACACCCAGGGUCUUCUAAAAAAACCGCCCUCUUGGUUAGAUGAUCAAAGGAGACAUUCAAUAGAAAUUUGUUCAAUGGAAAACAGUCCUCAGCACCAUUCCACAUCUAGCUCUUCUGGCUUCAUAAGUCAGGUGGUAAGUGAAAUGGAAGGCUUGCAAGGAACACGGCAGAAGAAAAAGCUGAGCCCUCCAUGUAUAUCUAUAGAUCCACCUGAUGGACAGAGUUUACUACCUAGAGGACCUCACAGCAUCUCACCUGCCAGUGGAGACAUUUGCUUGCGACGGCGUGCUCCAUCUUGUGAGUCCAAGGAUUCGAUGGAUAUAGGGGACUCGUUGCUUCCAGACAGUAUGUCAACAUCUCCUACCCCAAAGAAAGACUUGUUGACACUUCCUAGCUUUUCCUUUGAUCAAACGGAAAUGGACCCCUGA